AUGCCAAUAUUAUUUUUUGUAACGCACAUACAAUCAGCAUCAGCAACAUAUCGUAAAUUAAUAAAGCGAUUAAACAAUGAGAUUGUCCAUAAGUUUAUCGUUGGCGAUAGCCUAUAUGUCGGGGCCAACUGCGAGCUAACCCGGGUUAGUUUGGAUAAGCAUAAGACAACCAGACAUAAGUUGCGUGAACAAGGUAAAAGUAUCAAUGACGUUUUUAAAAAUGAAGCUAAUCAGGCCAACGGUGUUGUUGCGCUGGCUUUGCAAAACUUUUUGGACACCUCGUACUUUGGCAACAUUACCCUGGGCACUCCGCCGCAAUCAUUCACCGUACUGUUCGAUACGGGCAGCUCUAACCUAUGGGUGCCGUCGAUUCAAUGCCAAUCGCCAGCCUGUACUCAGCACAACCAAUACCGGGCGACCCAAUCGUCGACAUACGUGGCCAACGGAACGGCGUUUUCCAUAGAGUACGGCACCGGCCAUACGUCCGGCUUUCUCAGCACCGAUACGCUGGGCAUCGCCGACACUCAGGUGACUGACCAGACAUUUGCCGAGACCACCAAAGAGCCGGGCACCACGUUUAUAUUCUGCGAGUUUGACGGCAUACUAGGCAUGGGCUACCCAGCGGGCGCUAACGACCAGGUGACCCCGGUGUUUAACAAUAUGAUAGCACAGGGAGUGGUGUCGGCGCCGGUCUUCUCCUUCUACUUGAAUCGCGACCAGAAUCAGGCGUUUGGCGGAGAGAUUAUAUUCGGCGGCUCCGAUCCCGACCACUAUUCCGGUCCCAUGACGUACGUCCCGGUCGUUCAAAACAUUGAUGGUUACUGGCAAUUCACCAUGGACAGUGGCCUAGUAGGUGGUAAUAAUGUGUUUUGCAACGGUGGGUGUCAGGGUAUUGCCGACACCGGCACUUCCAUGAUUGUCGGCCCGGAUGAUGAUAUCGCGGCCAUCGUUCAGGCUAUCGGUGCCACCGAUGCCAACGACGGUAGCGGUGACUACAUUGUCGACUGCAAUAGUAUUGGUUCGUUGCCUACCAUUACGUUCACUGUUGGCGGACAGGCCUUCCCGUUGACGGCCGCCCAAUGGGUGGUACAACAGACCGAUGACAAUAACAACCCGUACUGUAUCGCCGGUUUCCAAGCGGGCGGUCCCGGCAAUGGCCCGCUUUGGACAAUGGGUGAUGUGUUUAUCGGCACCUAUUAUACUGAGUUUGAUUUCGGUAAUAAUCAGCUCGGAUUUGCGCCGACUAAAUAAAUUUAUGAAUUUCCCCGACCAUGAUUGAUUUUAUUUAUGAUUUAAUACUAAAUUUUUGUAAUAUUUAAUAAAAGCAUUUUUAAAAGCAUUAAA